UACAGUCACCCAAAUUGUGUCUUCUUGAGUGUGGAAAGGCAAAAGACUCUCGGCUACCGCAUUCACGAUUUACUUCAGUACAGAAGUUACCCUCGAAAGAAUAUUGGCUACCUGUACGCCAUUCAACAUGGUGCGAAAAUCAUCUAUGAAACAGACGAUGAUAACUCGCCAACAAGCGGUAAAAUAACUUUCUACCAACAAGAAACUGGGGACUUCUUUGUUUACAAAACGGACUCCGCAAUGGUGAACCCUUACGAACACUUUGGACAAAGCACUAUAUGGCCAAGGGGGUACCCCCUGGAUCACAUUGGUGACCCCCCAUCGCACCGGUUUGUCAAAUGCGAAGGUGUUGACACAUCAGUUCAACAGGGGGUAGUGAACGGAGAUCCCGACGUGGAUGCAAUAUUUAGACUGACAAGAAAAGACAAAGGUGUUGAUUUGAAUGUAGAGUUUGAUGCUGAAGCGCCUCCUGUUGUACUUCCUCCAAAUACAUUGGCUCCGUUCAAUUCUCAAAACACGCUGUUCUUACACAAGGCAUUGUGGGCCUUGUUGCUUCCAACAACAGUAACUUUCCGAGUCUGCGAUAUCUGGCGCGGUUAUUGGGCUCAGCGGUUAAUGUGGGAUGUGGGGACACAUUUGUCGUUUUUCCCGCCCAAUGCCGUCCAGUUCAGAAAUGCACACGACUAUUUGUCCGAUUUUAAGGAUGAAAAGAUGGUCUAUUACGAAUCUGGGCGUUUAAUUGAGUUUUUAAACAAAUGGAAAUCAGACAAACCAGACUUUUUCAGCAGAGUACUUGAUUUAAGCGUGGCAUUAGCUGAGAAUGGAUUCUGGGGGAUAAAUGAUACCCUCUUAACUAAAGCAUGGUUAACCGACUUAGUCAGCAUUGGAUAUGAAAUGCCGAACAUAAAAACAGCUCCCAGACCAUGUAUAAAAGUUAUCAGUGAGGAGAUAGAACUUCAUUCAAAGGAAAAGCCAUCAUCAUAUCUUAGAGCAGGGGAAGAGUUGAAAAACAUUCUCUAG